CUGGCAACCCUGCAGUCAGCUGAGCCAUGGCCGCCUCCUCGCCCGACAGUGAGCUCGGCUCCAUCGAGUGCUUCCAGAACUACACGGCCCCGGAGGUGUUCGUGCAGGGCCUGGCAGGGCAGAUACACCAGCAGGACGUGGAGGCCAUCAUCAGGGCGCAGAAGCAGAUGCUGCAGCGGUUUGAGAAGACCAAUGAGAUGCUAAGUAACUGCAACUCCCUGUCGGCCACACGCUUUGCCCUCGCCCAGAAGGAGUUCAAAAAGCACACGGCUCUCCUCGUCGACAUGAAGAAGGACCUCGACAACAUCUUCAAGCGCAUCAGAACCAUAAAGACCAAGCUGUCCAACCAGUACCCAGCAGCCUUCGCAGUGGCACAAGAGGAGGCAUACAAAGAGGAGGAUGAGGAGGAAGAGGAGAGGCCGCCCCCUAGCCAGAAUCAGUCUUUGUCAAGCAUGCAGGAAGACAGCGCAAAGCGUGCCUCAGUGUCUGGUGAGAGCGGCCAUUCAAGCAACAAGUCUGAGCGAAUGGAGGAGAUGGAACAGUCAAGUGAUGGGAGCCGGCCAGACACGGAGCGGCGAAUGAAGAAAACUGCCAGCAGUUCCUCAGACAGCAGCAGCAGUGGCGCCAAGCUCUCCAGCUCAUCCUCCUUCGACAACUGAAUUAGGCUCUGAUGGGGGGAGGGAGGGUAUGGGUGGAGGGGAGGGAGGGGUGUCCUACUACUACUGGUUGAGGGGAGAGCGGUGAUAUCAUCUAGUUUUGUACCUGGAGUGAUCAAGGUUGUUUGAUUGUUUGUGUUAGUAGCUGGUAAGUUACCCUUUUUGCUGCAAUAUAUUGACUUGUCAGGUAUGUACAUAUUUCCUCAGGUUUUGUUGAACGUUGAGUAUUAAUUGUUUAGUUUUCUGAUAGUAUAUUUGUCACUCAUGAAUGACGAUUGGCCAGGAAAGCUUUUUGGCAACUUCAGUCUACCCAUGCACUAAUCACUGGCAUUUGUAUAGCAGGAGGGGAAUCACAGGCAAGUUCAUCAGCCUUCACAAUAGGUCCCCCUUACUCUUCUUCUUGUCUUGCAUCUGUGAUAAAACAUUUUAACAUUAUAAUGCUGUUUCAAAAAAAGGGUCAUUAAUGGAUAGGUGUGAGAUGCAAAAUGAAGCUGUUACUCUGCGUGAUUUCCCUAAGAGUGUACUUAUGACAAGGAUAUGUGGCUGUGGAUUAUCAGUUCAUAAUAUAAAAAAAAUCAUUCUACUGACAAAUGACAUAGAUAUUUGGGACGAGGACAUUUGACAAGCCCCAAUCAGUUAACUCUCAGUAGUAUAAUUUCUACAUACAAUGAUAAUGUCAGUUUCUGUCUUGUAAUUUUUAAGUUUGCCAUGUUUUUAGUGACCACCCAGUCUAGUAAAAGCUCUUUCUGCUCACAAGUUGAAGGUGAAAAGAGGGUGUCAUAGCCAGAGUUCGGGAUUAGCACUUCUAGUUCAUAAAUGCUUCACAAUCUCUUAUGUAUUGAAAAGGCCUUGUCAGUAUAUCAUCUGUGUGUCAUUCCAUUCAUAUUGUUGUUUGUGAUUCUUUGUGAGUAAUUUUUGAAGUAAGAGGAAGUUUUCUUACAAACUCAUGAGGUUUUUCAAACAGUUUUUACAUACACACAUCUCAGGCAGCUUUGAAGAUUAACCCGGUAGCUGCAGGGGUCAUGUUUCUUAGGUUAGGUUAGGUUAGGUUAGGUUAAAGGCCCCUCUAAGUAAAAUAAUGAGAAAGAAUCAUCACUCACGCAAACCAUUUCAUAAUAUAUAUCAACACAUGUGUGAUCAGUUUAUGCAUCAUCUAUUUUGUGGAGUUUAUACCAUGGCAGAAAUUUGGCCCAUCGCUGGUACACGGUAAAGCCACAAAUUUGGCCCGUCGCUGCUACCGGGUUAAGAAUGAUAAUGGUUCCCACACAGCACACAGUCAUAGUAAUAAUGUAAAUACUUAUUUUUUCUCUUAGAUUUCAACUGUAGCUCAAUCCUAAACGGGAGGGUGCCUGUCACUUAAUUUUUGUACCUGAUACAGUAAUAAAUACCUAACAGUAUAGUAAA